AUAGCGCUGUGCAGUGCGGUCAGCACGGCGGAGGUCUGGCAAGUCACGUCAACACAAUGAAGACAGCACCGAGUGCAAUGGGCGACAUGGUGUGUCUUGGAAGGAUGGAACACACACUGCUGGGGCCCAGAUCUGUCUGUCUGUCUGUCUGUCUGUCACACGCGUCCAUAUACAACAAACGAAGCGAAAAGAAGCCCAAAAAGAAUUCUUCCAUGCACCCACACAUGCGACAUGUGCCCAUGCCUUCCAUACAAAGUGAAGGCACGCCAAGCCCCGACUGCUCUCUGAUGAACUCCCGGACCUGACCGAACGUGUAAUUCGCCAUCGUCUUGCCACUUGAUGAGCUCAGGAUUGGCCAGCACUUCGGCAAGCUCGCCACCCUCCUUGACGUAGACCGGCCCCCGGACGGUCCUCUCCUCAUCAACAGCGGCCGACGCGACGAUCCCAGUGUUCUGGUUGAAUGCAACGACGCCCAGCUCUUCACUGGUCCACUCGGGCGUCAGCUGCGGCGCGUCUUCUUCUGUGGGGAACUCCAGACCCGCGAAGGAAGGGCUGGCCAACGAAUCCCCAUCAUGUCGUCCGUCACGCCGAGAAAGGCUCCGAGGGCCGCCAUGGGGCUGUCUCCCCCGGAUGGGUUGAGAGGGGGAAGAUUCUGAGCGUCGAUGAGGCCGAUAAGGGAGGUUUCCUCCUCUGAUAUGAGCUCGAAGAAAGCCGCCGGGUCCUCGGGGGGAGGGAUCGGGAGCUCUCCUGGUGUCCCGGUCGGGAUGGCAAGUCGCCAAAAAUCUGGCGGGCCAGGCGGCUCUUUCGCCCCCUCCUCUGGCAGCAGGCCCAGGGGGUCCUUGGGGAGGCCCUUCGAGUCUUCCUUGGAUGGCGGCCCUGUGGGGAAGAGAUCUGGUAGCUCUGGUGCCUCCUUGGCUGGCUCUUUUUCGGGGAUGACGACGGCUUGCCAGCCAGCCGGUGGCCUUGCGCUUUCGCCGCGCCCUAGCCGCCGCCUCCUUGCCUGUCUCGCUGAUUGUUGUGGAAGCAGGGAAGGCUGGUUGCUCUGCGGCAGCUUGUUGAGGACAUCCGGGCUUGUUGACCGAAGGGCUGGGAUGGAGGGGCAGGUAAUAAGCCUGGUGUGGAGAAGGUACGGGACAACGCCGUUCCACCGACAAAGCUUGGGCAGCCUGGAACAUAGGACGCCGCACGAUACGCCGCACUGACAGACAGUUAGGGGCACAAGUGUCAUUGCUUGUAAGGCGAUCGAUGGGCUGGUAGGUUUCUCCCUCUUUACUGCCUCGUACCAGUUUGACGUCGAUUGCGGCUGUCAGUAGGCAUCCAUCCUUGAUGAGCUCGACGGGCGCGCAUUUGUCAUUCUUGGCUUGGUACUCAAGCGGCGCCUCCUCGCAGUGUGACCGCCCUGCGUCCGUGUGGUCCACCUCCAUCCAAUCGUUGCACUUUGGCCUUAUCUUGACCUGCAAUGCUUCGACUUGCAGCAGGCGCCUGCGUCUCCCUGCGUCUCCCUUAACAGGGGGCUGGUUGUCCAU